AUGGUCGACGUGAUCAUCCGCAUCUUCUUCUUCUUCAUCAUCAUCACCAUCACCAUCAUCAUGCUCAUCAGCACUGUCAUGGUCGACGUGAGUCUGGAUCUUGUGCGGGCAGUGCUGCAGCUUAUGGAGAUGGCAGAAUCGAAGACAUCCGCUCACGUAUUUACGGCCACUCUCAAAACCCUGGUGGUGUCUCAAGCGCUGACCUUAAGGUGGUGUUGCUGGGAUGAAACACUGGUGCUGUGCUUAGAAGGACAGGUGGCUCACGCGAACAGCGCCGUCCAUGCCAAAUUGUGCACGCAAUACACGCACAUUAUCUACCAGGGCACCAACGAAGAGGGCGAAAAGAUCAGGGACAUGAUUCUCUUGGAGCCCGACGAGUAUGAUGUCCUGGGUGGCCGUACCAUUUUCUACAAGCAGCAGGAGGGUGAGACGCAAAAAACUCAAUAUAUUGUCGGCUGCGACUGGCAAAGAAAGAUUCCCAUUGUCAUGGCGCUGAAAGAGCCCGAUGAGAAUGGCAAUGGCGAAGUUUUCUCCAUCGGUCGCUUUUAUACGACUGAAGAAGAGUUCACCGUGAAACUUCUCCCAGGGGAGCGAGUGGAGUUUGCACAUGGUAUGCUCACUUGGGAUGUGAUGACAGGAGACAGUGUUUUUCACUUCCGGGACGGCACUGGACUUUACUUCAAACCCCAGAACCUGGAGAAUGGCUAUCGUCAGCAUGAGGAGAUGUUGCAGAAUAUGAAGCAGAAUGGAGCGAAGUUGUGCACCCACACCGUGAAGGUUCACGCGCACGGCACAGCACAUAUCGGUCCCAACAGCACCAGAAAAGUGGAUGGCGUCGAGGUUCAAAUCAGACCCAAGGAAUACAUGAAAGUUGGUGGUUUAAAGCUGAUGCGGAAGUAUGUUCCAGGUGAAGUGGGCCUCUUGAGCGCGCAAUACGAAAAGCUGCCAGUGGUCAAGCUGAAAAGAUACUGGCUUCGCUGCAAUUACGAAACUGGAUGGCCAUUUCUGAUCACGCAUGAGCAAGGAGGUAGCUCUCUGAUGUGGUCAUGGUGGUCGUUGAUCCUGUGUAUGUGCGCCACUUGGUCCACUGUCCGUGAUGGGACUGGUCUGGUGCGUACUGGCCUCUUGGAUGGAGCUCCUGAAGUGCUCACUCGGUUGGAUGUUGUCCUGGUGCAGCAAGUCUCUAUUCCGUUGCUGAAGGUGGCUGAUGGUGCUAAGGUGUUGGUUCACUCACUGCAUACCUGGGAGGACUUCCUCAAACUGGUCGAUGCUUGCUACAGGUUUGAUGGUCCUGCACAUGGGGCCCAUGCCGUUGGUAUGCAAACCAUGGUAGCUGUUGACUCUAGUGCCCGUAUGGUGACCUUACACAAGGCUCCUGGAGGAUGUGAGUAUGUGAUCGGUGAUGCUGGCUGUCCCCAGGUGAUCGCUGGAGUGUGGUCCACGUGUAAUCAUGCUGCGGUGAAGAGUGCGGGAUUUUCAUGUCAGCCGUUUUCCCAGUUGGGUGAUUGGAAAGGAGGGGCAGACCCUUGUGCUAUGUCCCUUCCUAACAACCUUAGAGUUGCACCGUCUCAACGUGUCCAUGGUUUGGUGUUUUCAUGCGCUGUCCCUGCAUGCAGAGAUUCGUUCAUCUCGCAACACCGUGAUAGGUUUGUUGACUGGUCUGGAGUUGUGAAGGAGAACAUCAACCUUGAGCUCUCUGCUAUUGGUCAAGUGCAACCGUUGAUGCAGAACCAAACACAGAUUGACGGGCAGUUUCUGGAGUUCACCCACCUUCAGUCUCAACAAGUUUCGAAUCCACAGGCCCUGAUGCAGGUCUUGGGUGGUUACGCUGUUGCUCCUUUUCAAUGUUCGUUGGCUUGGAGAGACUUCUUCUCCUG